AUGGUAGGCGGAUGCCAUACUGAAAUUUCUCGCAGAGUGUCGCAGAGCUCAACAGCCACAGAAUGGGUGGACGAUUCAGCUACUCAAGUCUGCAUGAAUUGUCAUGCACGUUUUGGAGUCAUGCAAUUCCGUCGAAAGCAUCACUGCCGAAGAUGCGGAAAGGUGGUUUGCAACUCCUGUUCACGAUCGCGUGAACUAGUUGCAGAUUAUCAUCCAGUUCAACCUCAAAGAGUUUGCAAUAGUUGCGUAGCCUCUCCAACAGUUCCAGAGAUUCCAGAGGAG